AUGGGAUGUUAUAAGGUUUACCGUGGACGGCACAGAACAAACAGAAACCCAGUUCUGAAAGGUUAUAGAGAAGUCGUGUUCAAUUUACAGCACAUAUACUAUAUGCCUGAGGGGGGAGGGAGCGUAGACUACAAGACACGGAAUAUUCUGACACUGAAGUACAUGUCUCGUAGCGUGAAGAGUUUAUUUAGAAGGUGUAGGACUGUUAAGAGGGGAAAACCUAAUCUUGGUAGUUGCAUUAGGAUGUUGGAUGUUGGAAAAUGUGAAAAUGUGUUGAUAUUGCACUACUGCUAUUACUGGCAAAACACCACGGGCGGCGCGUCUGCAGUGGCCGAGCGAGGCGUGUCCGUGGGCCCCUGGAGAGUCCCUGAGGAGCAGCUGCCUGUCCUGGUCGGAACCAUCACCGGGGCUUCCCUUCUGCUGCUCCUCCUGCUGUCCCUGCUGCUGUACACCUGCUGCCACCACACGCCCAGGCACAAGAAUUACAAAUUUGGAUGCCCCAAGGGAGACACUCAGCCAUCUUGUCAAGAUGAGUUGAUAAGAAACACAUCAGGAAAAAGUGUGAAGAGCGAGGUAUCCAGCAUGACUUCCGGACACACUCAGGGAUCUGGGCCUAGUCUCAGCCGUGACUCACUCGUGGUUGUGACUCACGCUUCGUCGGGCCACCAGGCGUGUCUCCUCUCCGACCGGGACUCCCCCUCAGACUACCUUUUCGACUGCGAGUGCUGCUGCGACCCGCCCUGCCCUGCGAGUUGCCCGUGCGAGUACGCUGACGAGGAGGCGGACGACAGCGAGUACACGGGGCAUGUGUUCGAGGACAGCCGAGACAGUAGCGAGGAUUUGCCCAGAAGCCUGUCCAUGCCGCUGAAGGAACAGGCGCAGAUGCAGAAGGCCGGGGAGGAGCCCUGCGAACCGAACAGCAACAACAACAGCGUGCGAGCCAAGACGAGCCCGCGCCCCGCCAGCAACCCGGUCGCCUUCAGUCCGUAUGACCUCACGCUGCCCAGACCCCCCAAGAGAGACCCGAGCGUGGACUUCGAGGGCGGCAUGCGGACUCUCGAGGGCGUGUACCUCCCCCUCGGCCCAGAUCUCCACAUGGACGACCAGAGCGCCUCGUCCAGUGCGCUGGACACGGUGUCUCCGCUGGGGCGCGCGAGGGAAGCGGAUGCCUCGGCCAUGGACGAAGCCUUCAGGACCCGCUCGCUGCCAGCCUGGGUCAGGAACAAGACGCGGCCGCUCACGACCUUGGACGACCUGAACACCAUCUAUGAGAAGCCGCACUGGAGCAAACGCCGACGCAACCGCAUGCGGAGCGACGCUGCGGCCGUGAUCGCCCUCAGCAAGUCCCGGGGCCGCCUGCUGUCGCCGAGCCCGCAGGUGACGGCCCAGACGAGCACGAGCGUGGCUGCGCAGCCCGACACGGCGGCGCUGGUGGAGAACGAGGCGGUGAUCGUAUACGACGAGAGGACGGCCCUGUGAAGGCGUCGCCGAAGAGUCGGCUCGGUCGCGCGUACCUGAAGGGCUGUUAUUUCAUGCGAUCUGCAGCGAAGAGUCACUGGAGGAUGUUUGUCCAGCUGAGUGCCACGUGAACCUCCCCGUUGCCAUCUGGAGUAAUUUAGGAUGUAAGGAAAUGUCUCUGAGUGGUCAGCCUCGGCCAGAACACAAGCGGCAGUUGCGCGAGACGCGCAUUUGUCACCGAGCGGCUUCGGAGUCCAAUAGACGUAGCACUAAUUACCUGAGAUGUGGCACCAUCUGUGUGUAUGGCUGUGUGUGAGAGUGAGUGUUGAUCUCUGUGCAUUAUGUCAGACUACAGUGCAAGUUUUCCUGGCCGAUAAAUUAGUCCCAGACGCAUUUCGAUCCUCGCACCAGGAAGUCUAGCUCAAACGACUGCACUUUUGGCACUGUGAAUACUUUGAUGUCUCGCUCCAUGUGGCAACUUGUAUUGCGAAAUCAGCUGUUUUGGUGAGAGAUGAAGACUCGGUUGUCUUUAAGGAUAAAUAACUUCAACCUGUACACAGAUUGCUGUCAGAUCAGAGUGAAUUAACAACGUGAAUAAUGUACAACACAAAACCUUGAUUUGUCGUGACAUUUGAAUAACGUUAUAUAUCAAGUGUGUUUUCACAUAUUAAUCUUCCUCGGAACCCAGUGUCAAUCCGAGGGAACUUGUAUAAAUAAUGUAAUAUAAGCCUAUUGAACACAGACAACACAGUAACUAGCCGUGUAAAAAUAAAGCCGUUUACAGUAGAUUUUGUACAUCAAAUUUUUACUAAAUAUACAACCCAUACCUCAUCCCCCGGGCGUGUGACGAUGACGUGGAGUGAGGACCUGUGUGAUGCUCUCUUCCCGCUGGACACAAGACUGACAUCAUUUCGCUGUGUAAUGUGAGGCAGGACUCAGUCUACUCUUGACUUCAUCUGUGGAGACGUGUGUGAAUACAUCGUCCAGACUCAUGCUAGGAUUAUGCUGUAGGUUCAUUUUUUUUCUCCCAGAGACCAUAUAACCCGAAGCCAUACAGAUUUAUCAACUUUAAAAUGUAAUCCUCUUAUGUUUGUUUUUUAUACUAUGAUAAUUAAAUAAUAACCCCAUUUUUAAUUCAUAUUAAAGCAUAUAUAUAUAUAUAUCCGGAUAUUUAUAUAUAUCUUCAACAUUAAACUCCCCCUCCCCUCCCCCCUUAUUAAUGAACAUAGGCCCCCCCCCUCCCCAUUAUACGCCAAGAGAAAUCCGUCUUAGACAAGGUUUAGGUAAAUCAUUUAAUAUCUAGACCCAAGUAAACAAUCCCGACCCAACCCCAUGAUCAGCCUAGCCAGUAACACAUUAAGCUUAAUUCGUAAGUGUUGGUUAAGACAAUUUUUUUUUUUAAAUGGAAGUUUAAAAAGAGUAAACAAAAUAAAAUGAAAAUGUUGGAAGAUGAUGUAUCGGAAAAGUAUUUUGUAUUGUGCUUUUCAUGUGUGGAACUGUUAGCGAGCGGAAUUUUUUAGUGCCUUGGAUGACUGAUGCUUUGUAGCUUGAUGUGAUUUAGACACUUUAUGUCUUUUAAUACCAACUUGUAUGUUGUAAAUUUAAUGUAUUAUAUUGUCAUAGUUUAUGUACAAUAAAGACAAGAAAUCUU